AUGGCCGAGGUCAAGGUCAACAAGGCCGUCGACGCGACGGACGCCGCCUUCUACAUGGCGAAGGCUUUCAUUAGCGCCUGUGAAACCGAGCUCAUCGAGAGCACGCUCGGCGACAUGAACCUUGCCGCGUGGACCAAGGACGUCGCCAUGGUGGCGACGACGGCGCCGAGGCAAGCGUCGUCCGCGCCGACGGCUGCGUGCGGCACGACCGCCUACCUCCACGCCAAGCUCGAAGCCACGACGGCCACGCUCGACGAAGUCCAACGUCGCCUGGAAGCACUUGGUGCAUCGGGUCCGCAAACAUUGGACGAGUGCAAGGCCGACGUGUUGACGCUUGCCGACGACCUGGCAGCCAUGCGCCGGGCGACGGCGCGCCAUGCGAUCGAUGCGAUCGACGACGUGAUGGACGCCAAGCCGACGCAUCUCGCCCAUGUCGCUACGGCCACCUCGACGGCGUCGAGCGCACGACUGCAACACGGGUCUGUCGAGCCUUCCUUGAAGCGCAAGCGGGAGGAUUCCGAGGCGCCGCUGCCGUCACCGCUCAAGGUACCCGCGACACCGAGCAUGGCUUUGAUCGAGAACGACGACCCCUUGCUGCAACCGCUGAUCACCGAGCUCAAAAAGCUCCGCGCGACGGCGCCAUGGGCCGCCCACGAUCGCACGCCGUACUUGAUGUCGCAGCCAGACGACAGCCCGGACGCCCAACGCGCUCUGGAGCAGCACAACGUUCGUGUCCAAGCCUUUCACGACGAAUGCGGUGCGUUGUUGUGGGAGCGCUCGUUCCUCUGGCCGUCCAGAGACGCCGCGUCGAGCUUCAAAGUGCUGCAGAAGCGCGUGAUGGCCCUCGUUGUCGAUCUCGUCGUGCUCGUGCACACGGGAGUCGUUGACGCUCGCAUUUACGCGUGCCUCUUGUACCCGCACCCGAGCUGGCCGUCAAUUCCAUUGCCAGUCGACCUCAAGCAGCUCGCCAAGACAUCCAGUGUCAAUCGCGCGAUGCAGUACCUGCGCCAGCAGCACUGCUGCUUGUGGCCGCUGCCGCCGCGCCGCGCCACCGCCACGACACUGGGCUCGGCCUUCCAGACGACCCUCGACGUGCUUCAGGCAGGCAUCUCGGUACGCAAGUGGAUGGAACUCACCGACAACCGUGUCAGCCGCGACGACGUCAAAGCGGCUUGCUUGUCUGCGCUGCAGAGUGCAUCGUCGAUGCAGACCAUCAUGACGCAUGUGCCGAGGUUUGCGCGCAGUCGGGAGGUGCCGCCCCCCGCGUGGAUCCUCGGUGCACCGACGUACUUGCACGGCGAGUGA